AGAAUAUUAAUUCAAAGCAAAAUAUUUACAAAGAAAACUUUACACAAAUCAUCUCAAUUAAUCGAUUUACUUUGAAGUAAAGUGUAAUUAAGUAAUUAACACGCUCUUGUAAUAAAUAAAUAUGUUUAUUCGACACAUGUAUGUGUGCGGCUUAGCAAAGAACAAGCACAAAUAUCGUAAAUAAAUAAAUUGUUUAAAGUAUAAAGUAAAAGACAUAAAAUCCACAAACAAACGCACAUAAGUAAAUAGAUUUAGAAAAGUGUUUGUCACAAAGUGAAAAUCUUCCAAGUGAAAACGCGUCUUAAUUUGUGCGCAUUUGCACUUCCGCUCCAGACGCAACAACAAAAACAGCCGCCGAGCAGCGCCGCGCCGCGCUAGAAGAACAAGACAAUCGCCCACCUGUUCAUUGAUCACAUGCAUUGUCAUACACACAUAGAUAUAUAUGUACGUGCUGCAUACAACCGAACGUCUAUAUAAAAACUACAUUUGAAGGCGUUUACAUUUUUAGCUUUUGCAGUUUAUUUGUGAGAAAAUCUGCAGAUAACUUGACUCGAUCAUACGUAGAUGCGCGCGGUCAACACGUACAUAAUGCACCGAAUUACAAUGAAAUGAAUGCACAUACUCGUACACGACAAAUGCGAACACGCAAAAGCACAAUUUACAUACAAACAAACUGAAAAAGUAUUAUAUAUUAGCUGCAGCAACCUCAAGAAUUCCAAAUCAAAACCACUGCAAUUGCAUUGUUAACACACAUACAUAUAUACAACAUACACAUGUACAUGUGUAGAAUAUUAGUGGUGAUAUUUGGAAUGAAAUUACUCAGGUACCGUUAAAUGUUACAAAACACACACACAAACUUCAAACGUCAAACCUCAAACCUCAAAACGAAAAUUACGUCGCAAGCAAAAAGUAAAAAAAAUACAAAAAUUUGUCCGACCCAUUUAAGAAAUUAACUAAACGUACAACAACAACAAUAAUAAGAAAUAGAGGGGCGUACAUUACAGCCGCCCAACGAAAUCAAAAUGGACACGCGCAUCGGUCUGGAUUAUAUUGUUGAGAAUCGUGAAUAUAUUUCGAAAUUGGGCACUGCACUAGACACCAGUAAUGCCGUCGUCAAGAAGCAAGUUUUCGAAUUAUUAUCCGCGUUGUGUGCCUACAAUGCCGAUGGCUACGCACGCGCUAUUGAAACGCUAGAAUUUUAUAAGAAUCUCAAAAAUGAACGUUAUCGUUUCAAAAUCGUUAUAAACGAACUGGAAAAAGCGUCCAAUGUUGAAUACCAAGUUGCCUUAUUGGCAUUCAUCAAUUGCGUGAUUAUAUCAGCAUCGAAUUUACAAGAACGUAUACGAAUACGCAAUGAAUUUAUCGGUAAGUAUUAUUUAAAAAAAAAUCGAAAAUAAUAUUUAUGAAAAUUAUAU